GUCGUCGAGCAUUUGUCGAGAUGAUUAAACAUUUCGUCAUCGUAAUGAGUUGAGAGAAAUAAUAAAUUGGCAUUAGUAAAAUUUUUAUUUCAAUUUUAUGUAAAUUAAAUUAUUCUAUACUUCGCUUCUUUUCCGUAGGGAAGAUCUAUUAGUUUUUCCAAAGAAUACGCUUUACCUUUUGUAAACAAAUAUUAUCAUAUUUCCAAUUAUCGCACACGAACUUUGAACGCGAGAAUAGUAGACGAGGAGAGAUGUUGCGUGAUGGACCGGACAUGUCGUGAAAUGUAUUCAGAUGCAAUAAUCUUCAUUAAGCAGUUGACCACAAUUGGAUAUGUAUUCUCCGCGCGUUUGGCUCGCCGCCCUCCCAGUUCAGUUGCGAUUCGAAACUUACCGACAUAGGUUCUUCGAACAGGUUCUCGCUUACAUCCAUGAGUUACAGAGGUAUCCGUUCAGAUAGGCAUGCAUAGUCGUCAAGUGGUACGCAAAUUAUUGCUGUCCCUGAAAUGCGAAGCAGUAUGUGCUCCAAAAACAAGUUCUCUUCUUCAGCAACGUUACUUAAGUCACGUAUCUCUUGACGAAGCAUACUUACGGACGAAAGAAAAAUGUGAAUCAAAGAAGCUCCCACAAGAUGUAAAUGUAAAAGGAGUUUUUGCUUGCAAUGAGUUAGACUUAAAAGAAGUCAAAGUGUAUGGUUUUGAUUAUGAUUAUACACUUGCAUGCUACAAACCAUCAUUGGAUGUCCUAUUAUACAACUUGGGCAGGGAGACAUUAAUUAAUAAAUACAAGUAUCCAAAAGGAAUUGCCAAAAUGGAAUACAAACCUGGUUUUGCUGUUCGUGGGUUGCACUAUGAUAUAGAAAAAGGCCUACUUUUGAAAAUUGAUUCAUUUCUUCAGAUUCAAUUAGGUAGUGUGUAUAGAGGUUUGUCUCCUGUUUCGGAUGAAGAAGUGCUCCGACUGUAUAAAAAUCGCAUAAUUCCCAUAGCUUAUGUUGAACCACAGACAAAAAAUUAUCAGAAUGUGACUUCCAAAAUGGUGCACCUUGCAGACUUAUUUUCUGUACCAGAAAUGGGCCUUCUUUGCAAUGUGACCGAGUAUUUCUUACAAAAUCACAUUGACUUUCAUCCUGAAAUUCUCUUCAGAGAUGUAAAGAAUUCAGUGCAGAGCAGCCAUCCAGUAAUGCAUGGCAUUGUUGAAAAAAAUGUUGCUGAUUACUUGGAGGAAAACAAGGAUAUUAAAAAUUUCUUUGCAAGGUUAAUUGCUGCCGAUAAGAAACUGUUUCUCGUAACUAAUAGUCCAUAUCAUUUUGUAAAUGAAGGAAUGUCAUACUUGGUUGGAAAAGAUUGGACAAGUUAUUUCGAUGUCAUCAUUGUUCAAGCUAGAAAACCAAAAUUUUUUACUGAUGAAUCUCGACCUAUUAGAUUGUACGAUGAAGGCACAAACACUCAGCUAUGGGACCGUGUUACAAAGCUGGAUAAAGGACAAAUUUACUAUGAAGUACGUAUUAGGAUUUAAAUUGCACAAGUUGUCUUAGUAUUAAUUUUGGAAGUAAUGAAUCGACAUUACUGUUUUACUAAUAGAUGAAAAUACAGGAUGAAUUAUUUGGAGUGUAAAAAGCACCAGCAUGAUUAACAAAUGUUUUUGAUAUAAUGUUACUGAAAAAUGCUUCAUUUCUGUGAGCAGUUAGCAAAAAAAAUUGUUUUAAACAAAAUUCUGAUAUAUUAUUAUAAUCCAUACCAUCGAGAAGCUUGAACUUAUGUUGAGACAGGUGUAAACAUACUGCUGCAUAUCACUGGAGAGAAAAUCAGUUUCUUCAGAUACAAUCAACAAAAACGGCAAAUAACAACAGCAUUGAUUGACCAUGUAUGUAACUUCACCCUUUAGCUGGUGAGAUGCAAUGUGAGAAAAUCUGAAUUCUUUGCAUAUGCGUACUGCUUGAGGCCAAAAUGAUAAGACUUGUGUAUUAGCAACAUUGUAAGGAACAUGUUAAUUUUUUACACCUGAAAUGUCUCAUCCUGUGUAUGGUACAUAAAAUUAAUUUUUGGAACAAGAAGUUUCAAUGAUAAAUUUUGUGAACCUGGAUGCAAAUGUAAUAAAAGAUCUUUAUUUCCAUCUAAUAUAUUCUGUGUUCUCUGAAACAUCUGCCAUGUUCAACAGGGAACAGUGAAACAGCUCCAGGAUAUGACUGGGUGGAGAGGUCAAAGAGUUCUUUAUUUUGGUGAUCAUCCAUACAGUGACUUGGCUGAUGUAACUUUAGAACAUGGCUGGAGAACUGGAGCAAUUAUCAAUGAACUAACGCAUGAAAUAAAAAUGUUGAAUGAUCCAGAAUUCAAACAAGAUUGCAAUUGGCUCCAAAUGUUGACUCAAUUAAUAGAAGAUUAUCAGGAUGUAGAAGAACCUGAGUCCCAAGCUACUCUUCGGCGAUGGAUGGAUGAACGGGAUCAACUGAGACACAAGAGCAAAGAUGUAUUCAACAAGCAGUUUGGAAGUGUGUUUCGUACAUUUCAUAAUCCUACCUAUUUCUCUCGACGUCUAUUUCGAUUUGCAGAUAUUUAUACAUCAAAUAUAACAAAUUUGCUCAAUUAUUCAGUAAACCACACAUUCUAUCCAAGGAGAGGAGUAAUGCCUCAUGAGUAUUCAUCGUAUUUUGUGUGAUCAAAAAUAUUGUAAUUAGAAAAAAGUGAAAUGUAUUUAUCUGUUAGAGUUGUUUUUACGUUAAUGUUGAUUUUGAGAAAUGUAAUAUAUUGCACGAACUGUAAAAGGGAAGUACAAAAAAUGCUUUGAUUUAAAACCAAAGAAGUUUAAAAUGAACAUUUUCCUCUCUUCUGUAGGUAAAGUAAUCUCUAUUAUAUUUUGUCUCGAUCAUAUAAACAUAGAAGAGUUCUAGAAUGAUAUUUUUAGUGUAGUUACAAGAGACAAUAGGAACGAAACAACUUUCUACAAUAAGCGGAAAAUUGUUUAAACAUAAUACCAACUAUUUCUGAGAAAAAAAUGAAUUGUCAAGUGCACAAAUUUAACCAAAUAAUUGACAAUAAAAUUUUUACCAUGCCUUUGUUUGUUUUGUUUAUUUUUGCAGCAAAAUUGCUCUAUUUUAAUAUAUCUCUCCUUGGUACAUUUUACAACAGAAUAAUAGCUAUUUUCAAAAGAGAAGAAAUGGACAUGUUUUAUUGUAAUUACAAGAUAUCAUGGUAAUCUUAGAAGCCAAUUAACGUGUAUAACCUACAAUCUUUAAUUUCAAAGGAAAACAAAAAGCUUUCUUUAAGUUAUUGUACAUUUAUUUUAAGAAACUUAAGAAGAAAACAGGAAGGAAAUGUUUUGAUGAAACAUAUUUGAGCCCAUUUCAUCUUAAAAUUCCAGUUUAGAAAAAUAUAACAUAAUUUUUCUGUCAAUGACACACAAAUUCAUUUAUCAUUAUUCAAUUUUUAAAAAAAAUCAAAAUUCACUACAAAUCAAAAUUUACCUAUGAAAUUGUUGAAAACAAAUUACAGUUAACUAUAACAAAGCAUUUGUUCCAAAACAAAAUUUUAAAAUUUUGACUUCAUGAAAUACAAUAAAUGAAACUAAAUAACACCAUACAGUUAUUUUCACAUGAGCUUUUUGUUUUCACAGGAUGUGCAUUUCAUAACACAUUCAAAUUAUAAUUUCAAAUAUUAUCUCCAAGAGAACAUGUUUGUCAUACACACUAUGAAAUUAAACAUAAAUUGUUUCCAAUUUCCCUUUCUUUGUUCUAUGUCUUUUCUAAGCUACUUUUUACAACUGAAUUACAUGAUUGAUUCUCACAUAUAUCAUUCAUGUUAAAAGUUUAAAAAAACAAAGAAAGAAUUUUACAACUGGCACUGUUGAACAAUACAAUACACAUUCCAUUCUGUGGUAAACUCAGAACUGAAAAUUGAGUGUUUCUAAAAUGCAAACAACAGGAAGACAGACAGACACAUUCGCACACAUAAAAAAUUCACAAGGUCACUUUAUUUUUUAAGUUAAAAAUUAUCACAAUUUGCCCUUGUAAUACAUUAUAAAUACCUUAAAAUUUAUUGAGACACUGGAGUAAUAUAGUCCUUAAUUUUUGUCUCAAAAGCAUAUCACCUUCACAAAAUAUAUGUGUUGAUGAAUCUUCAACUUGGAUGAGUGUAUCUUCAUUUGGCUGGAUAGAAAAUAUAGAAGUUUUCAUUAAAGUUUGUUUUCCUACCUUCACUUAUCAUUAACAGUAAUGUAAAAAGGUGUAAUGUGAUAAAAUAACAAAUUUCUAAUUAAAUUGAGUAAGAACAAAUUAAUCUUUUUAAAAGUAUUUUAGAUAAAUUAAAUAUGAACAAAUGUUAGUAAUGUGUAAUUGAUUUUUCAGUGUACACCUGGUGAGAGAAAGUAAGUUCCCGAAACAUGAAAAUUAUAUCAAUAAAUGACAUAAAAUAACAAAGGUGUUUAUUUUAUGAACCAUGACUAGCUACCAUAUAAAAUAAAAUAGGAAAAUAUUACUAUAUAUAAGAAAAAGUGAAAUUUAAAACAUACCACAAACUAUUUAUAAGCAGCAAAAUAAAGGUGAUACAACAUAUAUAGAUAUUUCCUUCAAAGUGCAACUAUAAUUUUCCACAAUUAACAAGUAAACAGGCAAAAUAUGGAAUAAAGUAUUUGACACUACAGAACAAACUUGCAAUUGAUUCACCUUGGUUUCUUUUUCUAUUUGAAUGAUCAAAAACAAUUACAUGUACUUCUCUUGUGCCCAAAGCAUCUUUCUCAUUGAGUCAGUCUAGGAGUGCAUCCCUUUAGAUUGCCUGAAGAGUUUGGAAUCAACAUUCUACACAUAAAAAUAACAAAUGUGCCAGAAUAUGUUAAUUGACUUGCUGACGUUUCUGAGCCACAAUCCAAAGGUCAAGUCUUCAAUCAAUAAUUAUAAUGUAGA